AUGAGUCAAAGCGGGAAUACCUUCUACGGUCAAAUUCUGUCGAUCGAAGGUGAAGACAGACAACACGAGCGUGCGAUUGACGAAGAGGGCCUCACAGACAACGAUGACAAUUCUGAGGACGAGAUGACCUUCAGCUCACAUCUCCUGACCAUGACGAAUAUCGACAAAUUCGUUCAACGACUUGACCAAGUCAGCAAAACCCAGCCAAUCGACUCUCAUGAGUGUAUCGCAUCCCGAAUCCACCUCUUUCUAUGCUGA